AUUUUGUUUUGCUUGUAUUUUUUCAGGCUUUGGAUAGUGUUGGUCUGCCAGGCAUGGACAGAGUCGACAGCCUAGCAGAGUAUCUGGUGGAGCUUAGGGACCAGCCCUCUCUCGUCCUCACCAACCAGCAGGUGAGCAAUAUAGUUGCUCUUUGGCAGAACCUGCUUGAUUUUGAUAAGCAAAGGGUGGUGUUUGCUGCCAGACACCAGAGCAGGCUGGACACAGGGAGGUUCAGGUCCCCCAAAAAGAGGCAGGAGUUCACUCCAGGGGUGGAAAGUGUGAAGAGGCACGCACUCACCACCACAGCACCACUUGCCCAGUGGCCAGAUUGUUGUCGCUUGAUAGAGACCAUUUUUGUUAAGCUCUGUGCCAUCCAUAAAAGCCCAAAAAAGAAGGGGACAAGCACAGUGUCCAGGUGGGUCCUCAUCUUGGAGGACUACAAGAAAAUCAGGCAGCGCAUUCUGGCCAAUGCUGCUGUUAUGCAGCAGACCACCCUGCAGCUGGUGGAUGUAAGCCACACAACACUGGUUCAGUGGCACAAUAAAAGAGUGAAAAGGCAGGACAGUGCAGUAUUAAUGCAAGGGCUGCAACUGCCUAGCCGCUUGUCUGUGGCGGCUGACCCUCUGCUACCUGCCAAUGUGCGUCCCCGUCUGCACCCCCCAAACAGGCCCAGCUCACCAAUACCACCUGCCCAGUAG